AUGGAGAAGUAUCGAGCAAAGCGUAGACUCUGCUUCCUAGCUGCUCUCGACUUGAAGAAUGCAUUCGACCGUCUACCAAGACUAGUCUCUGGAGAACGAGAUGUCCCUGGUCAGGGAUCUGUACGAUGGUUCUAUGACAAAAUACGAACUCCACAUGGCCUAACCGAAGCUAGCAGACCGGAGCGGGCUCCGUCUAAACAUGAAGUUCUUCAGUUCCGAAGAGUGCACUCAGUCAGUCAUCCUUACUAUAUAUAA